UAGCUAUACUAUUGAUAUUACGGUCGACUUCUUCCUUCAUUCUAUGCUGAUUUCUUUAAUCAAAGCAGUGCUCCAUUCUGUUUAUUUGAAUCCACACCUAUAAUACAAUCAUCUUAAAUCCAACACAUGACACGAGUGAAUGGAUUGUGCUUUGGUGAAGAAGCAAAUUAGCAUUGAUCUUGCAAGCUAAUGCUGCGUUUUAGGCACUCAGGAGCCUAGUAAUCGAUGCAUUUUGGAUAGAGUGUCGUCGUCACAUGACUCGAGCUACAGGCUACGUCAUCGGGGCAGAUUUGUGUGGAGAAUAAGCAGCAGCAGACAAGCGAGAAGGAAAAGAAUCCUUCGGAGUGGUGCGGCUCUUUUUCUUUGAGGCCCUGUCUUCCUACUUUCUCGCCUUUGCGUGUCUUUUCCAAGAGUGAGGAACAGGGCGUCUGUUCGAACACCUCCGACACGCAAAUGCCCGGUCCCACCCAAGCCCUUUCCCCAAAUGGAGAGAAUAACAACGACAUCGUCCCCGACAACGGCACCAACAUCAUUCCUUUCAGGAAGAAUACAGUGCGAGGCGAGCGAGCAUUCAGCUGGGGGAUGGCGGUCAACGUGUAUUCUACCUCAAUAACCCAGGAGACUAUGAGCAGGCAUGACAUCACUGCCUGGGUCAAUGACAUCCUCUGCCUGAACUACACGAAAGUGGAGCAGCUCUCCUCGGGAGCGGCCUAUUGCCAAUUCAUGGAUCUUCUCUUUCCUGGCUGCAUCAGUCUUAAGAAGGUCAAGUUUCAAGCUAAACUGGAGCACGAGUACAUUCAUAAUUUCAAACUGCUGCAAGCGGCUUUCAAAAGAAUCAAAGUGGACAAGAUCAUCCCCGUGGAGAAACUGGUAAAAGGCCGAUUUCAGGACAAUCUUGAUUUCAUCCAGUGGUUCAAGAAAUUUUUUGACGCCAAUUACGACGGCAAAGAGUACGACCCGGUGGAAGCCAGGCAGGGUCAGGAUGCCAUCCCCCCUCCUGACCCCGGCGAGCAGAUCUUCAACUUGCCCAAAAAGUCCCACCAUGCGGCCAGCUCCCCCACCGCAGGAGCAUCAAGGUCGAGCUCAACAACCCCAAAGUCUGCGACACCAACGUCCAGACCAUCCUCAGCCAAAAAAGUCCUUUCAGCAUCCACUCCUGCUAAAGGAGAGAAAGAAUUGGAGGUGCAGGUCAUGCAACUUACUGACCAGGUGAACACAUUAAAGGUUGCACUGGAAGGAGUGGAGAAGGAGCGGGACUACUACUUCAGCAAACUGCGAGAGGUGGAGCUCCUGUGUCAGGAACAGGGCCAGGAUAAUGCCCCUUUUGUGGAACGGUUAAUGGAAGUGCUCUACGCUUCAGACGAUCAGGAGAGAGCUGAGGAGCUGGCUGAAGGAGACGGACCGGAUUUGGACCAGGAAGCCCACGAGGAGGGGCCAGAUGAUCAUCAGCAGGAGGAGGAACAGGACGAAUACUGAUUUCCCCCGUCAUCGGUUACACUCUUAUUUAAUGUGUGAGAACUCUUCAAAGGAUUUUUUCCCAUGGUUGAAUUUUUCUUUUUCUCAAAGACUAAGCACAUUGAAGCGGGCUGCCGAAAAAGAAUCACCUUUUCUUUUUGUACUCUUUUGUAUUCCUCCACUCACCGUUCAAUGUUUUUGUGACUUUUUUUGUGGUCACAACCUCCGACAGCAUACAAGCUCAGACCAUCACAAAGACUGUCAGUGCAAACCUUUCGCUAGAUAUGACGACAUGCUGAAGUUCUAGACCGGUGCAAGUGUUAGCUUCCCUGCUUCCGUCCCUUUUUCAUAUUAUUUUUGUUGUUGUUUUUAUACUGCAUAUCCAUCAUGUUAAUCACAAGACCGCAAUAAGCAAAAGCCCAGAAUGGGCUUGUCGUAGCUCUUACUCAGCCUCCUUUUCCACGUGUUGCACUGACAUUUUGAGUGUAUUGGACAAUCUGUCCAGAGACCCUCACCAUAUUUAUUAUCAUUAUUGAGCCUUAGAAAUAGAUUCUCCAUUGCGUCCUUAUGAAGACAAUGCAGACAAUUAAUUGUGAAUCAGUUGUAGUACAAUGACAUUGUAUCGCUGUUUAAUUGCACACAACUAGUAAGUGUUUGAAGCUACGUCACACUAACCACAACGGUUACAUUAUUCAUAUGUCAUGAACAUUGAGAAGGGUGAGGCGUUACUUUUUUGGAAAUCUUAGCAAUGCAACAUUUUAAGUUCAGCAGGAACUUGUGUUCUGUUCUGACUUUUAGGUUAGUUUCUGGUGUUAACGAGUCGGUUCACUGAGUAUUUUGUCACGCUAUAUUCCAGUAAGUACCUAGUAUAACCUUUCUUAAUAUUGCAUUUUAUUAAUAAGACAACAGGGCAGUGCACCAUCAUGCUUUUAGUCAGAUAUUAUUGUGUAAAUGAAAAGGAAUGUACAACAUGUGCUGUCAAUAAUUAAUGAAUGGUAAAUGUUCUUUUUUAUUGUUAUUUUCCACUCGUUAUGCAUUCCCCCAUGUUGCAUGUUUGCAUUUUAUUUGUGAAUAACUUGACCUUUUUACAUAUUUAAUAAGAAAAACAAGUAUGUUAUGUGAGCUUUUUGUAUGUUUUAACCUGCUAUUUGAAAGUUGUUGAGGUUCGGAUGGAUUUGCUGUAAUAAAUGAUGUUUGACUCCAA